AUGGCAACGGAAGUGCAAUCGUUGUGUGUUUCCACCACCUCCACCCAUGUCAAGCCUCAACCUCCAGCCUUUGUCGAUGACCUCUUCACGCACUAUUCGUCGAUGGCUGCUGCAAAGGUAUCCCCUUCGCCUUCCGGACACACUGUAGGAGCCGCUGUCGCCACCUACCUCCGCCCUAAUCUCCUAAAACGGGGAAUCGACCGGCUUCGUCUAGAAUAUUACCGCUAUGAGGUCACACUCGGCGUCUAUGUCAUGACGCCCGGCGAGAAACUCAUCUUCAACUCCUUCAUCCUGGUCGUCCUAUCGCUCAUGGUCUGGGCUCUCUUCCUGUACUUUCCUUCGUUGUUAUAUCAGAAGCUCAGCCGACUGGACUGGCUCCUGACUGGCCGAGAUGGACCCAGUCCUAAUGUCACAUUCUCGUUGUCGAAUGGAAACGACAUGAGUCAAGCGAGGGGCUUUGGGGGAGAAGACGACGACAACGAAAUGGGUUUAGGUGUUGUAUGCGUUCUUUUGGAGUUUCAAAAAUGGCCUGAAAAAGAAGGAGAUACCCCUCUAAUGGUAGAUGUUUAG